GCCGGCGGCAUGUCCGCCCGGGGCCUGGCCACCACGGCGUGGGCGCUGGCCUCGCUCGCGGUGGCCAGCGCGCCGCUCCUCCGCGCGGUGGCCCGGGAGGCCGCGGCGCGGCUGCCGGAGUUCUCUCCCCAGGAACGGGGGACCUCGCGUUCACGGUCUGGGCCCACGCGCGCCUGGAGGCGCCCGACGCGCCGCUCUUCGCGCUCGUGGCCACCGCGGUCCGCGAGGGGGCCGCGGGGUUCACGCCCAAGGCCCUCGGCAACACCGCGUGGGCGUACGCGGGCCUGCUCCUGUGGGACCAGCCCCUGAUGGCGGCGAUCGCGUCCGCGUCCAUUCGCAGGACGAUGCCGGACUUCGGCCCCGACGAGCUGGCGAACAUGGCGUCGGUAUCCGGCUGCCUGCGGCUAGCCCGGCCGCCACUCUGCCAGCGCAGCGGCGCACCGUGA